AUGGCCAAUCCACCGACAUUCUUCAAAGCUAUCUCUUGUCCCGGCCCGAAACAGCCUUGGCAGACCAUCACUGUGCCCUUGCGCGCGCCCAAGUCAACAGAGGUCCUCGUACGGGUCCACGCUUCGGGCAUCUGCUACGGAGACCAUCUCGUGCACGAUGGCACACUUCCGGGGAUCGCUUACCCGCGUACGCCAGGUCAUGAGGUUGUCGGCCGUGUGGCUGCUGUCGGCACUGCGCUCAAUGCUCUCGGCCCCAGUGCCCGAUUCCGCAUCGGGAGCUUGGUCGGCGUCGGGUGGUACGGUGGGCAUUGCGCCACAUGCGAUGCCUGCCGACGAGGCGACUUUGGGGGAUGUGCGAGCCAGGUGAUCACGGGCGCCACGUUUGACGGUGGCCAUGCAGAAUAUUUGUAUGUUUCUGAGAGCGCCAUCGUCGGCAUCCCAGAAGAGUGUUUAGAGCAGGCGAGCUACGCCGAGCUCGCGCCACUCCUCUGCGCCGGUGCCACCGUGUACGAGGCCCUCCGCACGACACCGUUCUCGCCGGGGGACCUCUGUCUCGUACAGGGCAUUGGAGGACUUGGCCAUCUUGCGAUCCAGUACGCCGUGCGCCUAGGCCUCAAAGUCUAUGCGGUCUCGUCGGGCCCAACCAAAGCUGCCCUCGCGAUGUCGCUCGGAGCGCACGGUUAUAUCGAUGCCUCUGCACAUGGGCCGAGCGUGAUAGAGCGCGUUCAGGCGAUGGGGGGCGCGAAAGUGAUCCUCUGCACCACGCCAUCGGCGGAACAGACCAGUGCGUUGAUUCCAGCGGUCGCGCGCGAUGGUGUCGUGACGCUCGUAGGCGUGGCGAUGGACGGCGAUGUGAGAAUAAAUAACGGGCUGAUGGUCAUGCGGAGGGCGAUGCUGCGUGGCUGGGGGUGCGGCACUGCGCGCGAGACGGAGAGCUGCGUGCAAUUUUCGAUGUUAACGGAUGUCAAGUCAAUGGUCCAGGAGUUCGGGUUCGAGGAUUUCGUGCGGGCGUACGAUGAUACGAUGCACGGCAAGCCACAAUUUAGGAACGUCAUUGUAUUCCCUUAG